AUGCUUUGGAUCUUACAAUUUCCACCUGAAAUUAUUCAGCUUAUAUUUGAUGGUAUCCCUCUCCCAUAUUUACGUGAGUACCUCAACGUUGAUCAAAUUGGACAGUAUGCAUUCAAUUCAUAUUACGCCAGUAUCCUGAUUUGCGACUUCCGCGACGUGUCUGAUGGAUGGACCGCAUUAACCACUCAUGAAGAUCUCCUUGGGGAAGAAGACGUGUUUUCAAGAACAUAUAACUCCAAUCAUGUGUAUGGUAGUUUAAAAUUUCCCACUACUGAAGAUUUGUAUUCCCCACGGAAGCAAUGGAGAGCUCCUGUAGUAUAUUUCAUGAACUUGGCAGAGUUUCUCGAUUUCAGUAAAGCCGACCCUAGGUUUUUUCCAAGAUGGCUAGAGUUUGAAAGACCAAGAGAUUUCACAAUGUUUCAAGCAUUUCAUCCUGACAUGAUUUCCAAAAUAGAAAGGAUCCAUAUACACGCUGACCUUAGGAUCGAUUGUGCCUCAGAGAUAAAGGAUGACAUAGCAUGCCAGUGUCGAUUGUUACAAAACUUUCCAAGAUCCUUGAAUUACCUUGAGCUAGACGAGUGCCUGGUAAGUCUGUAUGAAUAUGUUUUUGCUGGAUUUUCAAUUACACAUCUUAAACUCAAUGAUGUUCGGAUCGGACCCGAUGAUAUGGAAUUUCUCCCUACUAGCGUAAAGUAUUUGACGUUGACAAAUUCAUUGAUUCUAGAUGAAGAAGAGGACAGUUUAGUUUUAAAAUCCCCUCCUAAUUUGAUCCAAUUGGUAAUCGCCAACUUUAGAGAAGACACAAUUGUUUGCGAAGUUGAUUUGCUGGCUUUAACUAAACUUCGAUAUGUCCAAAU